AUGGCAGCAAAACCCUCAACCAAAGCCCUAACCCUAAUCUUCCUCAUCUUCCUGUCCAAUCUUAAUUUCAACGAAGCCGCAGGUUUCAGCGUCGAUCUCAUCCACCGCGACGCCUUCCUCUCCGAUUCUCCGGCCAACUCCUCCGAUCGAUUUCUCCAUGUUCGAAAUGCUCUGCGUCGUUCACACGGCCGUGUUCGAUCAAAAGCCUCCGCCGACGUCCUUCCCGACAAGGGCGCGUAUGUAAUGAAAUUCUCCGUCGGAACGCCGCCGUUGGAGACAGCGGCCAUCGCCGACACCGGCAGCGAUCUGACGUGGAUUCAGUGCAAACCUUGCAGAUUAUGCUUCCCGCAGAACAUCCCACUCUUCGACCCUAAACGCUCCUCCUCUUACAAAACCGUUCCCUGCAAUUCCGACACGUGUCGAAUCGCCGAUCUUCAGACAGCCUGCAACGGCCGGACCUGCACCUACUCCGUCCAGUACGGCGACCGGUCGUUCAGCAGAGGCGACCUCGGCACCGACACGAUUAAGCUCGGCGACACGUCGGUCCCCAAUAUCGUCGUCGGCUGCGGCCACUUCGACCAGGGCUCGUUCGGCUCCGGCACGGCGGGGAUCGUUGGGCUCGGCGGCGGAAAGACAUCUCUGAUAACGCAGCUCGGGAAGAAGAUCGAACACAAGUUUUCUUACUGCCUCGUACCGUUAUUCAGCGAGGGUAGUAAGAAAUCAUCGAAGCUCAAUUUCGGUCAAAACGCCGUCGUUUCAGGCGCCGGAGUGAUUACAACUCCGAUAAUCCCCAAAUCGCCGGAGACCUUCUACUACCUGGAUCUGAAAGGGAUGACGGUGGGGAAUCAACGGCUGGAUCUGGUUCCAUCCAACGGCUCAAAAGAAGGGGAAGAUUCCGGCGCCGGAAACAUAAUCAUCGACUCCGGCACGACGCUGACGUACAUUCCGACUGAAUUUUACGGUCAGGUGAGGCAAUCUGUGAAGCGGCAAAUGAAGCUGAAGGAGAUUAUGGAUCCGGCGGGGCAGCUGGACCUGUGCUUUGAGCUGAGGGAGGGGGAGGAGGCGGCGGUGCCGGCGAUGGCGGCGCAUUUCCGGGGGGCGGAUGUGGAGCUGAAGGCGGUGAAUACUUUUGUGCAGACGAGCGAGAGGAGUUUGUGUCUCGCGUUUGCGGAAGCUUCGGGUCUCGCCAUUUAUGGGAAUAUUGCGCAGGGGAAUUUUCUGGUGGGGUAUGACUUGCAGAAGAAAACGGUGUCGUUUAAGCCCACCGACUGUGCCGCCGGCGGCAAGUGAUAUAUAUAUUUAUAUGUAUAUGUAUAUGUGUGUGUGCUGCUGAGAAUUAGGGUUUUAUUCCCUGUCGCUUUAAGUUGUGU